AUGGGAUUUUUCAUUUGCGAUCUACACAAUCCCAUCGCCAAGCUUCAUAAUGAACAAUAUGUUGGACAAGAACGUAUGAAAUCAUUUACUGUUUUUCAUGGUCAAGGACUGUCCAAGACCGACUUUGAUCAAAUUGUCCAAACCAAAGGUGGACUUUUAUCAUUUAACAAUAUUUUAUCAACUUGUACAAAACGUCAAGUAGCUUUUGAUUUUGUUCGUCAAACGAUUGAAACGUCCGAUCUUGUUGGUAUUUUAUUCUUCAUCAAAAUUGAUCCGUCCAUCACGUCAACGUUGUUUUCUAACGUCUAUGACGUCAGUUAUUUCGAAGGAGAAGAAGAAAUUCUCUUCUCCAUGCAUUCCGUCUUCCGAAUUGGUCCAAUGAAACAAAUCAAUACGAAUAAAGAUCUUUGGCAAGUUGAUUUAACAUUGACCAGUGACAAUGAUCCAGAACUACAUGUACUUACGGAACAAAUACGCAAAGAUACCUAUCCUGACGCAGAAGAAUGGAAUCGUUUGGGUAUGUUGCUAAUUGAACCUGGAUAUUUCGACAAAGCUCAAGAAGUAUAUGAUAUCCUGCUUGAUCAAAUAAUGACUGAUCGGGAAAAACCAUUUGUCUGUCACCAGCUCGGAUGGGUGAAGAAGGAUCAAGGUGAAUAUGCAAAUGCUAUUGCCUAUUAUAAAAAAUCCAUUGAAAUCAAGAACAACAUUCUCUCAUCAACGGAUACUGCUUUGGCUGCCUCUUACAACAACAUUGGUUUAGUGUAUAUCAAGAUGGGUGACUAUUCAAAUGCACUUUCAUCGCAUCAAAAAGCACUGGAAAUCUACCAAAAAACUCUUCUCCCAAAUCAUCCGAGUUUGGCUACUUCUUACAAUAACAUUGGUUUGGUAUAUAAAAAGCUAGGUGAAUAUUCGAAGGCACUUUUAUAUUAUCAUAAAGACCUCGAAAUCUGCCAAAAAAAAUUCUUCCUUCAAAUCAUCCUACUUUAG